GCAGAAUUUGGUCACUCCUUAUGCAUGCAUAUAGAAUAGCGCACACAAAACGAACAUCUUGAAAACCAUCCACGGAUCGACCUGCAUAUAUGAACACUACUUUUUCCUUAAUAUGUUGAUUUUAUACAUAUGCAUAUGUUUCUUCCAUGAAGUUGUCAUUUCCUCUCGAGAGCAAUGGCCAAUGAUGAUAUAAAAUAUGAGGAGGAACAUAUUUCAAAAUCACGAGGGGUGAAACUCUUUACAUGCCGAUGGAGCCCUCUAAACCAUGAACCUAAAGCAUUGAUAUUCCUAUGUCACGGAUAUGCCAUGGAAUGCAGCAUUUCUAUGAGAGGCACAGGCACACGAUUGGCAAAGGCUGGAUUUGAAGUGCAUGGUGUGGACUAUGAGGGCCAUGGAAAAUCUUCUGGACUUCAAGGCUACAUUAGCAAUCUAAAUGAUGUCGUCAGUGACUGCUUCACAUACUUCGCAAGUAUCUCUGAGAAAGAAGAUCACAAGGGAAAGCGGCCGAAGUUCUUGCUUGGCGAGUCGAUGGGAGGAGCAAUAGCGUUGAUGCUUCAUAGGAAGGAACCUACCUUUUGGGAUGGGGCCAUUUUGGUUGCCCCCAUGUGCAAGAUUGUUGAUGAGAUGAAGCCUGCUCCAAUUGUAAUUUCAAUUUUAUGCAAGCUCAGUAAUGUGAUCCCUACAUGGAAGAUUAUUCCUACUGAUGAUAUCAUUGAUAAGGCAAUUAAAAAUGAGGAACGGCGUGAAGAGGUCAGAAACAAUCCUUAUUGCUAUAAAGGAAGGCCUAGGCUAAAGACUGGUUAUGAAAUUUUUAUGGCAAGCUUGGAUAUUGAAAGCAAUCUUGACAAGGUAACCAUGCCAUUCAUUAUAGUCCACGGUGGUGCUGAUGCCGUCACUGAUCCAUCAGUAAGUGAGGCACUAUAUAAAUUAGCUGAGAGUAAAGACAAGACGAUGAAGCUCUAUCCAGGGAUGUGUCAUGCCUUGACGUCCGGUGAAACAGAGAGCAACAUCGACCUUGUGUUUUCAGACAUCAUUCAGUGGCUUGAUGAGAGGGCAUCAGUUUCGUAAUGUAUGUAGUUAACAAGAGGGGUCUAAAAAUGCUUAAAUCUCCUCUUGUACCAAAAGUAAGAGUUCUAGAAAGCCAUUUUUCACAAUUUUUAGAAUGUACCUUUUCAUACACCGAAUUCUGAAUAUUAAUAGUGUAAUAGUUUUACAGCUGAAGGGCACAGCAGAGUAGUUUUUUUUUCAUUAAGUGUAAUUCGCAACAAAAAAAAGUGUCGAUAGCAAGCUUUGUUUUCUUGAUGUAUCUCUUUAGACAGGUUCCAUGUUUAAAUUCACAGUGUACAUGUAAAUGAAAUUAUAUUGGCAUGAAGUAACUGAUAUUCAGUGUAGAUUCUUCAACAAAA